UGCAUCAAUUUUUUACUAACUAAAAAAUGCAGAUAUUUUUGGCCUAUUGUACGGCGACUAUGCUAAUAGUGUUAUUAAUGUCGGAUGUGAGAGCAUCCGACAUUAAUAACACUUUCACCGAGGCCAGAGCCAUAGCCAAACCAGGAUGCCAGAGCAAGUGCGGGAACUUAACUGUUCCAUAUCCGUUUGGCAUUGGAGUAGGCUCUGGCUGUUCCAUAGACUCUUCCACAUGGUUCGAUGUGAACUGCAACACGUCUUUUAGUCCUCCCAAGGCCUUCAUAGGUAGCGGCAAUGUUCAAAUCCAUGAGAUACUAAAUUCUCAGAUGCGCGUUUCUAAUGUCAUGGCUACUAAGUGUUACAGUUCAACUGGUGAUCUGACCACUGAUAAGCCCGCCUACACGAAUCUCUUGGAUUCUCCCUACACUUUCUCAGAGUUGAACACUUUUUCUGUGGUCGGUUGUGAUGAUGUGGCAUUGAUUAUUGGAUCAGAUCAAAGGAAUUACAGUGGUGGUUGCAUUACUGUGUGCUCGAAAGCUGAGGAUGUUCUUGAUUAUGGUUGUUCCGGGAUUGGUUGCUGUCAGACAGUGAUACCUAAAGGCCUAAAGUACUAUUAUACCAGUCUCUCUACUUUGAGAAACCAUACUGAGGUUUGGUCAUUUGAUCCUUGUAGCUAUGCUUUUCUGGGUGAAAAAGAGAGUUUUAAGUUUCGUGGUGCUUCGGAUUUUUCUGAUCCUACGUUUAUAAAUAGGACAAUGGAUAGUGUUCGGAUAGUGCUUGACUGGGUAAUUGGGAACCAGACUUGUGAUGAAGCUCGAAAUUCAGAUGCUUAUGCAUGUCAAUCAAAUACUUUCUGCACUACCUCAGACAGUGGUUUUGGAGGGUAUAGCUGUAGCUGCCUUGAGGGUUAUGAGGGCAAUCCAUACCUAAGUCCUGGUUGCCAAGAUAUUGAUGAAUGUGCUGAUCCAACCAAAAAUUCGUGCGAGAAAAUUUGCAUCAAUACUCCAGGGAGUUAUAACUGUUCUUGUCCACACGGAUACUAUGGCAAUGGUGAGGAAAAUAGCCAAGGCUGCAUAGCUAAGAGUUCAAGAUUUCCAGUAAUCAAGUUCUCAUUAGGUAUGGGCUUUGGUUUCUUGGCCUUAAUGCUGGGAGUAAGUUUUCUGUAUUUUACCAUCAAAAGAAGGAAACUCAUAAAAGAGAGGGAGAAGUUUUUCCAACAAAACGGUGGUGUGCUCUUGAAACAACAAAUAACUUCAAGUGGCGGUGGUGUAGAGUCAUCCACAAAGAUUUUCACAGCUGAAGAAUUGGAGAAAGCUACUGAUAACUACGCUGCAGACAGGAUUGUCGGACGUGGUGGUUAUGGCACAGUGUACAAAGGUAUUUUACCAGAUCAUCGCGUUGUUGCAAUAAAGAAGUCAAGAAUAAUGGAUGAGAGUCAAAUUGAGCAAUUCAUUAAUGAGGUGGUCAUUCUCACACAAGUUAAUCACAGACAUGUGGUGAAGCUAUUAGGGUGUUGUUUGGAGACUGAAGUCCCAUUGUUGGUCUAUGAGUUUGUCGCGAAUGGUACUCUAUAUCAACACAUCCACAAUAGCAGAGGAGUCGCGUGGUUAUCCCUUGAAAAUCGCUUGAGAAUAGCCACAGAAUCUGCUGGUGCACUUGCCUAUCUUCAUUCAGCAGCAUCCAUGCCUGUCAUUCACAGAGACGUGAAGUCUGCAAACAUAUUGCUCAACGAAAGCUACACCACAAAGAUUUCAGAUUUCGGGGCUUCAAGACUAGUACCCCUGGACCAAACACAGGUUACUACAUUAGUCCAGGGAACACUAGGCUAUCUUGAUCCCGAGUACUUUCAUACAAGUCAGUUGACAGAUAAAAGCGAUGUUUAUAGCUUUGGCGUAGUUCUUGCUGAGCUCUUAACCGGGAGAAAACCACUUUUACUUGACAGUCCUGCAGAGGAGAAGAAUCUGGCAACCUACUUCAUAAUGUCAGUUAAGGAAAACCGGCUGUUUCAGAUCCUCGAGCCACGAGUGGUGAGGGAAGGUAGUUUAGAGCAGUUAGAAGCCGCAGGAAAACUUGUGAAGCGAUGUCUUAGCUUGAACGGUGAGGACAGACCUACAAUGAAAGAAGUGGCAAUGGAACUGGAAGGAAUAAGAAAGUACACUAAACAUCCUUGGGCUAAUAACAAUAAUCAGCAUGAACCGGAACAACAGGCUCUCAUGAGUCAUGAUGCUGAAGAAUCAUCGGACUUGUACACCGUAUCCAUCGACGCCUACAGCAGUACUGGGAAUUUUUCUGGACAGGAUAGCGUCGAUACUAAACAUUUACUUUUCGCAGCAAAUGGUCCUCGAUAGAGCAACUAGUUUGAGAUCCGUCAGUGGCUGCUUAAACGUAUUUCAACUUUCCUCGUAUGAUUUCAGAUUACGAAAAAUGAUUUUGGUGUUUUAGUUUUGGAAUUGGAUAGCUUAUGUCAAAGUAACUUGUUCACAGUUGCUGCUUCUUGUGGUUGCUAAAUUUAUGAGCUACUCAUAAGUUUUGGACGAAUUGUUAAGUUGGUAAUGUAAGAAAAUCUUUUGUUUCC